UCUCCCUGCUUCGCCCGGGCCUCGCCAGCCUCCCGCCUGCUUCCCUCGCCAGGGCCCCGGGUCUCCAGGUCGCCUGCUCCUGUCACCCCGGGCCGGCUGCCUGUAGCCGCCCGUGCCAUCUGCUGUCCGCUGCUGCUUCCACUCCCGUGGAUCCACUUCUCCUCCUGGAUCCCUUCUUCACCGCCUCUCGUGCCCUUCGCCCUGCUAAGAGCCUCUCUCCUCUCUGCGGCUCUCCCCUGCGUCGGCUUACUCGCCUUUUGUGCAGCACCUGACUGUGCCUGGAGCAGCUCCCCUUUCUUUUCUUGUUCCCUCUCUUAUGUGCCCCCCAAUACUCUGUUACCCUCGAUAAUGAGGAUCCCGUUGGAGCACUGAAGAGGAGUAAGAAGAGCUUGCUUGGCGUGCCCGUGUGGGGCUGCUACCUUCUUUCCCGCUCCCCUCCUUUGAGGGGGGCCUAGCCCCCGACCAGCCUCCUGCUCCUCCAGCAUUUGCGAGCCAGAGUGGUGGCUGUGGUGUGGCAGGCGGCAGGAUGACUGACACCCGGCGGAGGGUGAAGGUUUACACGCUAAAUGAGGACCGCCAGUGGGAUGAUCGAGGCACAGGGCAUGUGUCCUCUUGCUACGUGGAGAGGCUGAAGGGCAUGUCCCUGCUAGUCAGGGCAGAGAGCGAUGGCUCUCUUCUUUUGGAGUCCAAAAUUAACCCGAACACUGCGUACCAGAAGCAACAGGAUACCUUGAUUGUCUGGUCUGAAGCUGAAAAUUAUGAUUUGGCACUUAGCUUUCAAGAAAAAGCAGGGUGUGAUGAAAUAUGGGAAAAAAUAUGUCAGGUUCAAGGCAAAGACCCUUCUGUCGAUAUUACUCAGGACCUUGUCGAUGAAUCUGAGGAAGAACGUUUUGAUGAUAUGUCAUCACCAGGUCUGGAAUUGCCAUCUUGUGAAUUAAGUCGACUAGAAGAAAUUGCAGAACUUGUGGCAUCUUCACUGCCUUCACCGUUACGUCGUGAAAAACUCGCGCUAGCACUGGAAAAUGAGGGCUAUAUUAAGAAGCUCUUAGAAAUUUUUCAUGUGUGCGAAGACUUGGAGAACGUUGAAGGACUACACCACUUAUAUGAAAUUAUCAAGGGAAUUUUCCUUUUGAACAGAACUGCACUUUUUGAAGUCAUGUUUUCUGAGGAAUGUAUAAUGGACGUAAUUGGAUGCCUAGAAUAUGAUCCAUCUUUAUCACAGUCACGGAAACACAGGGAAUUUCUGACUAAAACAGCAAAAUUUAAAGAGGUGAUUCCUAUAUCUGAUCCAGAGCUGAAGCAAAAAAUACAUCAGACAUACAGAGUACAGUAUAUUCAAGAUAUGGUCCUACCCACUCCCUCAGUUUUUGAGGAAAAUAUGCUAUCAACACUUCAUUCUUUCAUCUUUUUUAAUAAAGUGGAAAUAGUUGGUAUGUUACAGGUUUCUGAACCUUAUCUUCACUUCUGUUACUGUUGUCUAUGGCUGAGAAUAAAGCAUACUCCCUGUGAGGUGGAGCCAGAAGAAUUAGCAUUGCGUAACUUUCAAGAUCUUAAAGAGAUCCUGGUGCUCACUAACCUUAUGUGUGCAGUUAAGAAGCUGUUUCUUUCCCCUCCUAAUAUGCUCUUACUGCUUGGGCUCCAGCCUGUUCUAGUCUUGAGAUGUCAUAGCUACCAAGAAACCUUGCUGAAACAUGGAGUUCGCCAAGUUUUGAGAGUGGGGGUGGGACAGGAAGAUGAAAAAUUUCUGACAGACUUGUUUGCACAACUAACAGAUGAAGCCACAGAUGAGGAGAAAAGACAGGAAUUGGUGAAUUUUCUGAAAGAGUUUUGUGCAUUCUCUCAAACACUGCAACCUCAAAACAGAGACGCAUUUUUCAAAACCCUGUCAAAUAUGGGCAUACUGCCAGCACUAGAAGUCAUAUUAGGUAUGGAUGAUGCACAAGUACGAAGUGCAGCCACUGAUAUAUUCUCAUAUUUGGUUGAAUACAACCCGUCCAUGGUACGAGAGUUUGUCAUGCAGGAAGCACAGCAGAAUGAUGAUGAUAUAUUACUCAUUAACCUCAUUAUAGAACACAUGAUUUGUGACACAGAUCCAGAACUUGGAGGGGCAGUGCUACUCAUGGGUUUGCUUCGUACUUUAGUUGAUCCAGAAAAUAUGCUUGCCACUGCCAAUAAAACGGAAAAGACAGAGUUCUUGGGUUUCUUCUACAAACAUUGUAUGCAUGUUCUGACAGCCCCUUUAUUGGCCAAUACUACAGAGGACAAGCCUAGCAAAGAUGAUUUUCAGACAGCCCAACUCUUGGCAUUAAUACUGGAAUUGCUAACUUUCUGCGUAGAACAUCAUACUUACCACAUAAAGAACUACAUCAUUAACAAAGAUAUCCUGCGAAGGGUACUCGUUCUCAUGGCCUCAAAGCACGCUUUCUUGGCAUUGUGUGCCCUUCGUUUCAAAAGAAAGAUAAUUGGACUAAAGGAUGAAUUCUAUAACCGUUACAUAAUGAAAAGCUUUUUGUUUGAACCUGUGGUCAAAGCAUUUCUGAAUAAUGGUUCCCGUUAUAAUCUGAUGAACUCUGCCAUAAUAGAGAUGUUUGAAUUUAUCAGAGUGGAAGAUAUAAAAUCGUUAACGGCUCAUGUAAUUGAAAAUUACUGGAAGGCACUGGAAGAUGUAGAUUAUGUGCAGACAUUCAAAGGUCUGAAACUACGAUUUGAGCAACAAAGGGAAAGACAAGAUAAUCCAAAACUUGACAGCAUGCGUUCCAUUUUGAGAAACCAUAGAUACAGAAGGGAUGCAAGAACCCUGGAGGAUGAGGAGGAAAUGUGGUUUAAUACUGAUGAAGACGAUAUGGAAGAUGGAGAGGCAGUGGUGCCCCCUUCUGACAAAACUAAAAAUGAUGAAGAUAUCAUGGACCCUAUCAGUAAAUUCAUGGAAAGGAAAAAAUUAAAAGAGAGUGAAGAGAAGGAAGUUCUUCUGAAAACUAACCUUUCAGGUCGUCAGAGCCCAAGUUUCAAGCUUUCCUUUUCCAGUGGUACAAAAUCUAACCUUACCAGCCAGUCUUCUGCAAGUAAUCUGCCUGGAUCCCCAGGGUCUCCCGGAUCCCCAGGGUCCCCUGGGUCUCCAGGAUCAGUUUCUAAAAGCACAUCUCAGAUGGCAGCUAUUACAACUAAGGGAGGCCUCGUUGGGCUUGUAGAUUAUCCUGAUGAUGAUGAAGAGGAUGAUGAAGAUGAAGAUAAAGAGGAAACUUUACCUUUAUCAAAGAAAGCAAAGCUUGAGUCAUCAUAAUGGCAACUGCUGAAGAACAUUACCAGUUGGGGAAAGGAUAUUUUUUCCAGAAAUAAAACAAACCCACAGCAAAGCAGCAAUCUUUUGUGAAUUCCUGUGUGUGACACAGAUCAACUUAUACAAACGGAUUUCUGCCAAUCAAGUGCCAAUUCAAAGGAGCAGAAGAAGGAGAAAUAUUUCGUUUAGCGGAAAGACUUAAUGCCUUUGAGCUCUCCAGCUUGGACCACACAUUGCCCUUUUCUCAGGGAAGGAAAUGGAAAACAAAACAAAACAAAAAAAAAAACUACAAAAAAAAAAA